AUGAUCAUGGCUACCACGACAAUCACCAUAGACCCUAAAACUGGGCUCGUCGACAGCAUUGAUUCAAGCAACCCUGUCAAUCCAAUACAACAGCAUCAAAACCAAUCGAUCCCGCAAAGACAUAGCCGAGUCGAUAUCUCUCAUUCAGCAUUGACCGAGAACGCAACACUAUCCACCCCCGCUGAAGAUAAGCCCUUCAAACCCACUCGACGCUUCUGGCUUGUCAUGCUGUCCAUCUCAGCCAUAUCUCUUUGUGGCUCUGUUGAGGGCACGAUCGUGGUCAAUGCCUUGCCAACCAUUGCCGCCGCCUUGGGUGGCGAUGGCAACUUGUACCUUUGGGUACCAAAUGCUUUCUUCCUAGCCUCCAUCUCGGUACUCCCACUGGUAGCUCAGAUCAGUGAUAUCUUCGGCCGCCGAACAAUGCUGCUGGGUUCGGUCUCGCUUUUUAUCUUCGGCAGCGCUUUGGGCGGUGCCAGCAAAUCAAUAACUAUGCUCAUCAUUGCCCGCACCAUCCAAGGUAUAGGCAGUGGCGCAGUCGACACGUUAACCGAGACCGUUAUUCUGGACUUGGUGCCUCUACGUGACCGUGCCAAGUACCUGGCAUAUGUGUCCAUAGGUACAACCCUUGGCUACGUUGGAGGGCCAUUCGCAGGCGGAGUAAUCGUUGUAAAGCUGGGCUGGCCCUGGGUCUUCUAUCUUAAUGCCAUCCUCGGUGGAGUUGCCCUCGUUAUGUUCUUCUUCUUUCUUCGUGUCAAGCACCGAAGAGGUCAGUCCUUUUGGUCCAAGGUCAAAAGAAUUGACUUUGGUGGCAAUGCCAUAUUCAUUGGCGCAGUUGUGGCUGUACUGCUGGCCCUUACCUGGGCUGGACCUGUGUAUCACUGGAAUAGUCCUCAGAUCCUAGUGCCACUCAUUGUUGGUUUGCUAGGUCUUCUCACCUUCGUCGGAUUUGAGUGGACUCCACGACUUGCUCCAGAACCAUCUUUCCCCCGCGCGAUUGUGGCUAAUCGCACGUCCUCAGCAGUUUUCAUCAUGACUUUGGUCAAUUCGAUAACCAUGUAUGGCACCUUUUAUUUCCUGCCUGUCUACUUCCAGGGCGUGCUUGCAAAGUCUCCACUGGCUUCUGGAAUUGCUCUUGCUCCCAUCUCUGCAGCAGUCAUCCCUUUUGCCGUUGUUUCUGGCAUAUUGUCAUCGAAGAUAGGCAAAUAUCGACCGGUUCAUGCUAUUGGUUGGGCUGCAAUGAUUCUCGCCGUCGGCCUGUGCAGCACUCUGGGCCGCCAUUCUCCUGCUGUGGCAUGGACGUGCUAUGAACUCUUGGGUGCCGCUGGGCUAGGCGCACUGUCCAUCUCACUACUACCAGCAAUGCAAGCGCCACUCGAGGAGCGCUAUGCCGCGACCUCUGCGGGUAUGUACAGUUUCGCCCGUGGAUUUGGUGCUAUAUGGGGUGUCACUAUCCCCUCUGUUGUCUUCAAUAACGUCGUCAAGCAUCAAGCUGCUGCCAGUAAUUCAGCUCUUGUCACAGCUCCAUCCUUGGUCGCACGUCUGGCCGAUGGUCAAGCCUACCAACUCGCUACCAAAGCAUUUCUCGAUUCCUUGGAUAAUACUUUGAUUCGAAACCAACUUAUUGCUAUCUUCGAACACGCCAUUCAUGUCGACUUCUAUGUCUUGGUCGCUUUCGCUGGCUUUGGCUUGCUUUUGGUACUGCUGGAGAAGGAGGUACCUAUGCGAACGCAGAACAAUACCGAAUUCGGGCUAGAGGAGGAUGAGGAUACAAACAACGCGCGAAGUGUCCGUGAUGGCGAUGGCGAAACUGGCGACGUAAUCAUUGAAGCUAUUAGGAGUCCAGACAUCACUGCUGAUGGCAUGACGCCCGGAGCGAUCGAUGUUAUUCCACUACAGAAAGUGAACGCCGCGGCUCGAUAG